AUGCAGUUUGCAAUCUGGCUGGUUGGACUAAUGUGUCAUCUGUCAGCGCUUGUCCGGGACACUUUGCAACACCGAUUGCAUCCGAAACAAGAAAGCUUCAUCAAGCAGCUGUCAUCGUAUGAAAUCAUCACUCCGCUCCGUGUGAAUGACUUCGGAGAAUCAUUCCCCCACAAAUUGCACUACAGGAGGAGACGGAGAAGUUUAAAUGAUGACCUGUCGGGUUUACGGGUUCACUACAGGAUUGAUGCAUUUGGGGAACGCUUCCAUCUCAAUCUGACCGCAGAUUCCAGCUUCAUCGCCCCCUCUUACACAGUGACACACUUGGGAGCGGAACAGAGCAACGACACGGACACACACUUCCAUGACCCGAGCGAUAUGCGCCACUGCUUUUUCCGCGGACAAGUCAACGCCAAGAGCGACUACCCUGCCGUCUUCAGCCUGUGCACUGGCCUUAUUGGAACAUUUACAACACAACAUGGUGAAUACUUCCUGGAGCCUCUUUUAAAUGCUGCGGGGGAAGAAUAUGAUGAAGAACACAACAAACCUCAUCUUGUCUAUCGACACGAGAGAAAGAAGAACAUCUCGCAUACUGAAAAAAACACAGAGCCCUGUGCUGCCUCAGAAAACUCCAAGAGGCCGGUUGCCUUUGAAAGCAGAGGGAGUAUGGGAGAGGAGCUGGACUCUCUCAAAGCCACAAUAGAUGAUCAGCAAAUUUAUGACAACAACUCCACCAGCACACACCCCAAAUUACCACGCAGACGCAAGCGCUUCCUCUCCUACCCUCGCUACGUUGAGCUGAUGGUGACGGCAGAUGCCAAAAUGGUGCGUCACCAUGGACGCAACCUAGAGCACUACAUCCUAACAAUCAUGUCAGUAGUAGCAGCAGUGUACAGGGACCCCAGCGUAGGAAACCUCAUCAACAUCAUGAUCGUCAAGCUAGUCGUCGUCCACAAUGAACAGGAAGGGCCCACAGUCAGCUUCAACGCCGCCACGACUCUCCACAACUUCUGUGUCUGGCAGCAGAGCCAGAACAUCCAGGACGACAGCCAUCCCUCUCACCAUGACACAGCACUUCUUAUUACCAGGGAAGACAUCUGCCGUGCGAAAGAUAAAUGUGACACGUUAGGGCUUGCAGAGCUGGGGACCAUGUGCGACCCGUACCGGAGCUGCUCCAUCAGUGAGGAAAAUGGAAUUAGUGCCUCCUUUACCAUCGCUCAUGAGCUGGGCCAUGUGUUCAACAUGCCGCACGAUGACAACCCAAAGUGUCGGGAGGCGGGGAUGAAACACCAGUAUCAUGUCAUGGCUCCCACGCUCAACUAUGACACCAAUCCCUGGUCGUGGUCCAAGUGCAGCCGCAAGUACAUCACAGAGUUUCUAGACACCGGCUAUGGGGAGUGCCUUCUUGAUGAACCUGUAGGCAGGACGUACGAGCUGCCCACCCUCCUCCCUGGCCAAAUCUAUAAUGCCAACAGACAAUGUGAACUGAUGUUUGGACCCGGUUCCCAAAUUUGCCCUUACAUGAAACAGUGCAAGAGGCUGUGGUGUACCAGCGCAGAGGGGGACCAUAAAGGUUGUCGCACGCAGCACAUGCCACUGGCUGAUGGGACUGACUGUGGACAUGGAAUGUACUGCAGACAUGGGAUGUGUGUUAACAAGGAGUUGGACCUACAGCCAGUCCACGGGGAGUGGGGUCCCUGGGGGCCCUACAGUGUUUGCUCUAGGUCCUGUGGUGGAGGAACCCGCAGCACCUCCAGAGACUGCAACAAACCUGAGCCCAGAAAUGGCGGGAAGUUCUGUGUGGGGCGCAGGAUGAAGUUCCGCUCCUGCAACACUGAGCCAUGUCCACGAGGACGGAAAGAUUUCCGCGAAGAGCAGUGCUCUCAGUUCGACGGCAAGCACUUCAACAUCAACGGCCUACCUCCCACCGUCCGCUGGGUCCCCAAAUACAGUGGCAUACUAAUGAAGGAUCGCUGUAAGCUCUUCUGCCGGGUUGCAGGGACUAUGGCGUACUAUCAGCUGAAGGACCGCGUCAUCGACGGCACGCCGUGUGGGCCAGAUACUUACGACAUCUGUGUUCAAGGCCUCUGCAGGCAAGCAGGCUGCGACCACGUUCUUAACUCGAAGGCCAGGAAUGACAAGUGCGGAGUGUGUGGCGGAGACAACUCAUCGUGUAAAACCCUGGCAGGGACCUUCAAUGAUGCUCAGUAUGGUUACAACACAGUGGUGCGGAUCCCAGCUGGUGCCACCAACAUUGAUAUCAAACAGGUCAGCUACUCUGGAAAGCCAGAGGACGACAACUACCUCGCAUUAUCUGACAGCCAGUCCAACUCCCUCCUGAAUGGGAACUUUGUGGUGGCCAUGUUCAAAAGGGAAAUCACCUUCAAGGGAACCAUCAUUGACUACAGUGGCUCGGACACAAAAGUGGAGCGCAUCAACUGCACUGACCGCAUCGAGGAGGAGCUCAUUCUGCAGGUCUUGUGUGUGGGAAACCUCUACAACCCAGAUGUCCGUUACUCCUUUAACAUACCCAUCGAGGAACACAGGGAGCAGUUUGUGUGGGAUCCCUCGGGCUCCUGGCUCGAGUGCAACCACAUCUGUCAGGGUGAGCGAAGACGGAAGGCGGUAUGCGUGCGCAAGAGCGAUCACCUUGAGGUAUCGGACCAACGCUGUGAGCAUUUACCUCGUCCUGUUGCUGUUGCUGAGCCCUGCAACACUGACUGUGAAGUCAGGUGGCAUGUCGCUGGAAAGAGUGAAUGUUCUGCUAAAUGUGGCCUAGGCUACCGCAGCCUGGAUGUUCAGUGCAUGAAGUACAGCCUGAUAAAGAGACAGAGUGAGAGGAUGGAGGCCAGCGCCUGUGGAGACACUGCUAAACCUCAGACCAGAGAGCCCUGCCAUGGAGACUGUCUGCUGAAGAGCUGGCAGUACAGCGCUUGGUCACAGUGCUCCAAGACAUGUGGACGAGGGAGCCGCAGCAGAGACUCUUACUGUAUGAACAACCUGGGUAGACGGCUGGUGGACCGGGAGUGCAAUGAAUACCAGAGGGUCGUCACUGAAACCUGUAACGAGCAGCCAUGUCCAAAAUGGACUGUCAGCGAAUGGAGUGAGUGCCUGGUGACUUGUGGGAAGGGCAUGAGGCACAGACAAGUGUCCUGCAGCAUGGGAUCUGGCGAGGAAAAGCUGAGCGAGCACUUCUGCGACCCAUCCAGCAAACCUGCUGCCGUGGGGAGCUGCGAGCUGCCUGAAUGUGCAUCCUGGCAGGUUGGCGUCUGGGGAGCGUGUGCGGUGACCUGUGGCCAUGGCUACCAGAUGAGAGCUGUUAGGUGUGUGUCGGGGAACUACGGUGACACGGUAGACGACAGAGAGUGCAAUGCUGCAGCGAGGCCCAGAGACAGUCAGGACUGUGAAAUGCCGGCGUGUGCCUGGGCCUCUCCGGUGCAAAGCACACCUCGUCCUGACAACUCGGCUCAGCUCCUGACUCAGUGGAGAUAUGGCUCCUGGACUGCGUGCUCGGUGUCCUGUGGCAAGGGGAAGCGGGCGCGUUAUGUCAGCUGCAGAGAUGCCCAGGGAGGAGUGGCCGACGAGUCACACUGUGCCCACUUGCCCCGGCCUCCCGAGUCCUCCGCCUGCUUCAGUCCCUGUGGCCAAUGGCGGGCCGGGGAGUGGUCUCCUUGUUCAGUGACGUGUGGCGCUGGAAGAACAACCAGACAGGUGGUUUGCUCCAACUACCACCAGCCAGUGGACCAGUCGUUCUGUGACCCUGAUGAGAAGCCUGCAAUGGAACAGGAUUGUACUGCUUUACCCUGCUCCUCAAUCUACCACCGUCAGCGCAUCAAUGACCAGCCCUACGGAUAUCCCCAGGACCCAGGACGCCAUCCUGGGCACAGCAGCUGGAAUGUGCCCUCAGCAGACAACCAGUGGAGGACGGGACCUUGGGGCGCAUGUUCCAGUACGUGUGCGGGAGGCUUUCAGAGGCGAGUGGUGGUCUGUCAGGACGCUGAUGGACGCAGCAACAGCUACUGCGAUGAGAGGGUCAAACCCGCUGAGUCUAAGAGCUGCGACUCUGGACCCUGUCCUCUGUGGAACUACGGUGUUUGGGGAGAGUGCACCCAGACCUGCGGUGGGGGAAGGAGGACUCGCCUGGUGGUCUGUCAAAGGCCCAAUGGCCAGAGGCUCAACGACUACAACUGUGACAUCUUGGACAAGCCGCCUGACAUGGAGCAAUGCAACCUGCAGCCCUGCCCAGGCUCUGCAUCCUGGCAUCGCCGACCAUGGAAGCCGUGUUCAGUGAGUUGUGGUCGGGGGACCAAGCAGCGGGAGAUAGCCUGUGUUUAUCAGAACCAAACCAAAAUAGAGGAGGAACACUGCACUCAUCUGCCUCGACCGCGGACGCAGAAGGCCUGUCGGGCGCGGGGAUGCCCCACUUGGAAGGCCAACAGGUGGAGGGAGUGUUCUGUCACCUGUGGAGUCGGGGUUCAGAACAGAGACGUUUACUGCAGGCUGAAAGGCAGUGGACGGGUCAGAGAGGAUCUCUGUGAUGCUCGCCAACGUCCUGCCAUUGUCCGGCCGUGCCAAACUGCAGAAUGCACACAUUUCACCUGGGUCACUGGCGAUUGGGAAGAAUGUAAUGCAACUUGUGGAGACGGCAUGAGAAGUAGGAAGGUGGGAUGCAUGGGUCCGGGGAUGACCCCUGUCCAAGUCGAUUAUUGUGAGCCAUCAUCUCAGCCACCAUCACACCAGCCCUGCAAAGGAGCUCCCUGCCAUUACAUGUGGAUUACAGGGGAAUGGUCACAGUGCUCUGCCAGCUGCGGUGUGGGCUACCAGCAGCGUAUAGUUUCCUGCUCCGCAAUGCCCUCCUCUCAGGCUCUGCGCCCGUACGCCGCUGCUGCUGCGCAGUCCUCCCCUGCAAGCACCCACUGCCCCGAGCCCCACCCUCCUGGCACCCGGCCUUGCCUCCUCAGGGACUGCAUGCACACAACCUACUGGAAAGUUGGCCCAUGGAGCAAGUGCUCACAGACUUGUGGGGCAGGAGUGAUGGAGCGCAGAGUGGAGUGUUUAACCUCCAAAGGCCAACCGUCCAAACACUGUCGUCCCUCAGAAAGACCUGAGUCCCAAGCUGCAUGUCAAGACAGAGAAUGCCAGUUGUUCGCCUCCUGCCGAGAGGUCCAGAUGAGACUGGGUGUGAGGAUAGAUGGGGAAUACUAUCUCAAAGUCAAGUCCCGGAUCCUGCAGAUUUACUGUGCCGAGAUGCAGACGGAUUUCCCAAAGGAGUAUGUGACCUUGCGCAGCGGUCAGACCGACAACUACUCGGAGGUGUAUGGGCACAGAUUGCUGAACCCCUUUGAAUGUCCGUACAAUGGCAGCCGAAGACAGGACUGCGACUGCAGGAACGACUACUCAGCAGCGGGAUACACACUCUUCCACAAAGUUCGUGUGGACCUUGGCUCCCUGAGGAUAAUGAUCACAGACCUCCAGUUUUCGCAGACUCUUCUCGGUCGACCUGUGCCCUUUGCUACAGCGGGAGAUUGUUACAGUGCAGCUAAGUGUCCCCAGGGUCAGUUCAGCAUAAAUCUGAUCGGCACUGGUCUCAAAGUGGCUGAGGCCACCAAGUGGACAUCACAGGGCAACUAUGUUUCCGUCAAAGUCCACAGAUCUGAGGACGGAACAAGAAUCUACGGCCGUUGUGGUGGCUUCUGUGGGAAGUGCAUUCCCCAGGCUCACAACGGCCUACUCCUUCAAGUCCACUGAGGGCCAUGCAGAGACCAAACCCCCUAAAUCUCUCCUGAAAACCAGGAACAUGCGAUAACAGUGAUUUGUUGGACCCCGUCGUCAUCUGUGAGUGUGGUGGAGUAACAGUAAUCAUCCCACAGUAACAUGCCUGUUUCU